AUGGCACCUAAACCGACGCGGGAUCGUAAACGUGAUAAGUUGAUGACAUUCUUUCAUUUGCCAGUGCGACCCAGGACCCCCCAACCCACCGAGUCGUCUUCCAUCGACAUAGCAGCGACACAGCCUCCGACUACCGCCCUACCACUACCACAGUCGGCAGGCAACAUAGAACCCCCGGUGCUGAAUCCUCACGAUACAGAACCGACAUCGACGAAGCUGGAGAAAGUAAAGUUCGCGAAGGGCAAAUCUUUUAAGAGAGAUAUGGCCAUUCUCUCUAUCGCGUACACCCUUCAAGAAAGUCCCGAACUCAAGAGGCUCAUCCAGCUUAUCGUUAUCAUCCGCGAUAAGGACUCGGAAGGCCAACUUACCGAAAUUCUCGAAACCUGUGCUCGGUUCAUUGUCCAACUCGCAUCUGCUACUGAUGCCCAGCGUGCAGAAGCCACACGGGCAAUAACGGCCUUCAACGAGACAGUUGCAAAGCUCAAGACUAUCCAACAUGGCGACGGAAAAUCCUUGGAUGGAUUGAUGGUCAUGAUAAACGAAGAUAUCGAUAGGAUCAAGCCUUCAUUCGUGAGCGAUGGCGAACUUGGAACUUCGGAGAGACUAUCCAAAAUCCUCGAUAUAACUAUCGGGACAACCAUAACCAUCCUCACCCUCGUAGAAGAAGCCAGCUCUUUAAUACCAGUACCAUGGGUCCAACCAUUGAUUGGAAAAGUCGUUAGUAUGUUGCAGGCCGUCUCGCAAACUCGCUCGAAUUACGACGAAAUGAAUCAAGUAGCCGCUACAGCUGGAAUAUUUGUUGUCUCUUGCGCUGUUAUUUGUUCUGAGAGUACGGUGGGGCCAUCAGAGAAACUCAAACGAGCCUUGAACGAAUUUAUAAAGACUCUCGGAAGCAUAGCUGGAGAAUGUGACGAACUUAGUCGUCGCAAUCUGCUUUCACGGUACUUGCAACAAAGCGCUCACAUGGGUGACCUUCAAGCUAUCAGAGUAAGGCUGAACGACGCCAUCCAAUUGUUUCAGACCGAAAAUUCGGUCAAUAUAAAGCUGGACACCGAGGAACUCAACCGGAAAAUUGAUUUUGUGUCACUGAACAGCCUGCCAAGCCAUCCGGACUACACACGCAACGAAUAUCUUGAGAAAAGUCGAGAUGACGUUAUACGGGACAUUUCCGACUGGAUAGCUGAUGCCCCAGAGUCUGUCCUGUGGGUACAUGGCGCUGCUGGCCUAGGUAAAUCGACCGUCACUCAGGAACUGGUCUACCUUCUCAAAUCGGAGGACCGCCUUGCUGGGGCUGUAUUUCUCACUAAUCUUACUACAGAGUCCCCCGAGAGGGUCAUUCAGAUGAUCUCCAGGCAGCUCGGCGCGAUGUAUCCGCAAGCCAUCAUUAAUAUUGCUGACGCUGCAAGGACACUCAAUGGCCCGCAUGACAGGCUCAAGGAUUAUUUCACGGCAUAUAUUUUCGACCCCAUCCGCGCACUAAAGUAUCCUUAUCAGCUUGUUGUUGUUGUCGAUGGUCUGGAUGAAUGGCGCAAUUAUGAGUCAUUCCUGGCAGAACUUGUGCACAUUCCAUCGCCCUCUCCUUUGAAAUUUGUCUUGACAAGUCGCUUCAAUUACUCCAUCGAACGGGCAGUUGAUAAAAUGCCAACUCGCAAAUACCCUCUUCCACCAGCCUCACAGACAGUUAUUGCACAUUACUUCCAUCAGCACUUCUUGUUGGGCGAUGUUGAUUGGAAAGGGCGCAAGCCCGAUGAUGUCAAAAUCCAUCGAUUGGCAGCUCGUGCAGAUGGUCUUCUUAUUUGGGCGGCAACCGCACGAUUAUUGGUAACAAAUAAAUUUGACACUAGAUAUCCGCACGAAAUACUCGACCAACUCCUGUCAUCUGAAGAGAAGGUGGUCAAUCGGAAAGAUGGUCCAGAAGAUGGGCAGCUUGAGCGCCUAUAUCGCGGUGCUAUUUCAACCCUUUUCCCACCACGCAUUCGAGGGAUACUCAGAGACUUCCUUGCGGCGACCGUAGUUCUUCAGGAAGCCCUACCAAUUGGUGAUUUUGCACAUCUCUUAGGCAUACCUGGGCCUGCCACAGAGGAGAUUCACCAGCGGCUGGCAGCCUUGCAGACACAGGGUGAUCCCAAAACUAAUGUCAUAUCACCGGCGUCACAACGAUUCCAUGCAUCAUUUGUUGAAUUCAUCACCACAGACAAUGUUGACCAGACAUUUCAAGCUAUUAGCACUAUAGAAGCGAACUCUAUGCUGGCGAAGAGAUGCAUCAAGAUUGUCUUUGGCGACUUACUCCCAUCUUCUCGGGGAAAGACUUGCACUUACACAGAGCUUCGUGGUGUAGAACCAUAUGUUGUCAAAUUUUGGCCUCUUCACUUUUCAAGUGGAACCCCACAUCAACAAUUGGCAGCACUGAGUGGUACGGUGGGUAUGGAUCUGAUAUCGGAGGAAGCGAUGCAUCGUUGGGCUACACUGUUUCUACCUUGUAUCGCAGCCAGAUUCCAGGGUGGCCAUGAUUCUCUUGAAGGCAUCCAAAACUCUGUGCUACCUUAUAAGGUAGCUGUUAUGAUAGGGAAUCAAGAUGUCACCACACUGUCAUAUCACAUUCAGUGUCUCAAGAUUGCCACACAAACCCAGCCACAUGAUAAGGGGACAUGGAAGGCAUUAGGGUUUGCCUAUCGCAGAUUGCAUGAACAAAGCCAAUCUAACAGAGACUUGGACAAGGAAAUUACUGCAUUUCGUCAUGGUCUGGAACCAGCACCUCAUCCAGAUCGCUCCCAGUCACUCAAUAACCUUGCCUAUUCCCUUAACACUCGUUUUGAACGGUGGGGUGCUUCAAAUGACCUUGAUGAAGCAAUUUCCUUGCAUCAAGAGGCACUUCUUCUUCGGCCAGCACCUCAUCCCAAUCGCUCAGCAUCACUCAAUAACCUUGCCAAUGCCCUUCAAAGUCGUUUUGAACAGCAGGGUGCUUCAAAUGACCUUGACGAAGCAAUUUCCUUGCACCAAGAGGCACUUCUUCUUCUGCCAGCACCUCAUCCAGAUCACUCCAUGUCACUCAAUAACCUUGCCAAUGCCCUUCAAAGUCGUUUUGAACAGCAGGGUGCUUCAAACGACCUUGAUGAAGCAAUUUCCUUGCACCGAGAGGCACUUCUUCUUCGGCCAGCACCUCAUCCAGAUCGCUCCUCGUCACUCAAUAACCUUGCCAAUGCCCUUCAAAGUCGUUUUGAACAGGGGGGUGCUUCAAAUGACCUUGACGAAGCAAUUUCCUUGUACCGAGAGGCGCUUCUUCUUCGGCCAGCACCUCAUCCAGAACGCUCCUCAUCACUCAAUAACCUUGCCAAUGCCCUUCAAAGUCGUUUUGAACAGUGGGGUGCUUCUAACGACCUUGACGAAGCAAUUUCAUUGCACCGAGAGGCACUUCUUCUUCGGCCAGCACCUCAUCCAGAUCACUCUGCAUCACUCUAUAACCUUGCCGAUGCCUUUCGAAGUCGUUUUGAACAGCGGGGUGCUUCAAAUGACCUUGAUGAAACAAUUUCCUUGCACCGAGAGGCACUUCUUCUUCGGCCAGCACCUCAUCCAGAUCGCUCCUCGUCACUCAAUAACCUUGCCAAUGCCCUUCAAAGUCGUUUUGAACAGGGGGGUGCUUCAAAUGACCUUGACGAAGCAAUUUCCUUGCACCGAGAGGCGCUUCUUCUUCGGCCAGCACCUCAUCCAGAACGCUCCUCAUCACUCAAUAACCUUGCCAAUGCCCUUCAAAGUCGUUUUGAACAGUGGGGUGCUUCUAACGACCUUGAUGAAGCAAUUUCAUUGCACCGAGAGGCACUUCUUCUUCGGCCAGCACCUCAUCCAGAUCACUCUGCAUCACUCUAUAACCUUGCCGAUGCCUUUCGAAGUCGUUUUGAACAGCGGGGUGCUUCAAAUGACCUUGAUGAAACAAUUUCCUUGCACCGAGAGGCACUUCUUCUUCGGCCAGCACCUCAUCCAGAUCGCUCCUCAUCACUCAAUAACCUCGCCGUUGCCCUUCGAAGUCGUUUUGAACAGCAGGGUGCUUCAAAUGACCUUGAUGAAGCAAUUUCCUUGUACCGAGACGCCCUUCUUCUUCGGCCAGCACCUCAUCCACGUCGCUCCCGGUCACUCAAUAACCUUGCCGAUGCCCUUGAAACUCGUUUUGAACAGCAGGGCACUUCAAAUGAUCUCGACGAGGCAAAGUCCUUGCGCAGGGAGGCACGUCUUCUUUGA